AUGAAGACGAGCACCGUUCUGUUUGCCGCUUUCGCCGCGGUCGCUGCGAUUCAAGCCGAAACGACCAAUUCAACCGUGAAGUACAUCGAUUACUCGAGUUUGAAGAAGUUUACGAGGGCUCCAGCUACCAAAGAGACCAAUUCGACCGUGAAGUACAUCGACUAUUCGAGUUUGAAGAAAUUCACGAGGGCUCCAGCUACAAAGAAGACCAGCACGGCCGGUUCUAACGAACAACAACAACAGGAGCAAAACCAACAGCAGCAACAAUCCAGCCUGUCGGGUUCUCAUGAACAGCAGGAGGAGAUUGAAACGCCCGCCCCGACGCACGUGCCUAUUCCUACCCGACCGGACCCUAGACAGACCGAAGCUCCGACACCCGCACCGACACCGGCGCCGACUCCGGCUCCGACACCUGCACCGACACCCGAUCCGGGUCCGUGGGUAGCGAAGUGGAUCGACCACGACCAAGUUAAGCCGUUCCCGCAACCAGAGCCCGUCACCAUUUCGGAGAAGGCAGCAGUCAAGUUCAAGCCUCAGAUUCACAUCACGAACGGAUGUCACCCGUACCCUGCGGUGAACGAAGCCGGUGAAACCAGUGGCGGUCUCAAAACGAAGGGUGCUCCCAGCGCUAAAUGCAAGGGAUCUGGAUGGGGUUCUCAGGUGUACGGCCGAUCUACGUGGGUCCAGGGCAUCUGGGCCAUCAUGUAUUCGUGGUACUUCCCCAAGGACUCGCCGUCCUCGGGACUGGGCCACCGUCACGACUGGGAGCACGUCAUCGUGUGGAUCGACAACCCCGACGUGGAAAACCCCAAGAUUUUGGCCGUGACCCCGUCGGCUCACGAUGGUUAUUCCAAGCAGGUCCCUCCGAAUGCCGACUGCGUUGACGGUACGAGCGUGAAGGUCAAGUACGAGAGCCACUGGCCGAUCAACCACGCUCUUGAAUCCACUUCCGAGGGCGGUGACUUCCAGGACCUUAUCAUGUGGGAUCAGCUCUCAGAGGACGCCCGUCGGGCCAUGAACGGCGUCGGCUGGGGCAAGGCAAACACACCUUUCAACGAUGGUAACUUCAAGCCUAAGCUGGAGAAAGCGUGGCCUUUUAAGAAAUGA